UUGUAGUGUAUACACGAGUCUGAAGACAAUAGUUUAUUUUAUUAUGAUGGAUAAUACGGAUCCUCGGCGGGCAAAGCCCCCAUUGGAUGGGCCUGGGCCCCGCGGCGUUCCUGACUGUUAUUACACCUCCCGCGUCCUAGACUCGACGUACCGCUACGUGAAGUUCGUGCGAAAGCUGCGAGCAGAGGAGGAAGAACAACGGAAAGGAAAGGAGAACAAGCUAAAAGAGCUCAAAGACCAGCAGUACAGCGACUUCUUCAUCAGUUGUGAUCGCAAGCAAUUCGUGCGAAAGCUGCGAACAGAGGAGGAAGAACAACGGAAAGGAAAGGAGAACAAACUAAAGGAGCUCAAAGACCAGCAGUACAGCGACUUCUUCAUCAGCUGUGACCGCAAGUCUCUGCUGAACAAUGUGGCUCGCCGAGUAGAGUUAUGCAUGGAGUCUUAUGAAGCGGAUCUGGCAAAGAAAAGACAAAGACUAAAAGAGCUGUACACUGAAGAAGAGGAAGAGAAUAUCCGCAAAUUCGUGGCGCAGGUUCAAGCGGGAAGGGAAGCGGCCUGGCAAGCGAAGAAGGAACGCCUGGCGUAUCUCAUCGCGAAACGGAAGAAGGAACACGCGGACAAGUACAAGGACACACCUUUAUCGAAAUGUGUCCACGUGAUGCCAUGCCUCGUAAAACUCCGAGCGAUGGAAGCCCAGGACAUCCAGCUUUACCAGAUGAAAGAGAAGGCGGCACGACGCGAGGCCGAGAAAGAGCUGGACAAGAUGUGGUACAACCUCGCUAUGAAAGAAUCCGACGCUCUGGCAGCUCGCAUGGAAUACGAUGCCAUACAGCGCGCUCGCCUUGACAUGGCCUGCCAUCGAUACUCCAUGUACCAGGUGGAACAGAACAAGAUCAAAGAAGCUCAAGAGAAAGAGAAGCUUCGGAAAGAGACCCUGUACUUCAGGGGGCUAUGGGACAAGGCUAUUAAGGAUGAAGAGGAAGCUGAACGCCGUCGCUCAGAGGCUCGUCACAAGACCGGCCAUGAUCGAGCACAGGCGAUCGAAGAGCGAAAACUAAACCUGGAGAAGCAGGCGCACGAACAGCAAGUCAUACAGGACGCGUGGGCGUCCCUGGGCGAACAGGGACUAGCGCAGGUUAAAGCUGAAGAGGAACUCAGGAGGCGCAAGGAGAACGCGCGCGACUCGGCCAACGACGACCUCAUACAGGAAGACGCGGCGCGUUUCCAGAAAGUUCUCGACGAGAAACGCUGCCAGUACCUUGGCUGGUCGCAGAAGACCAACAGAGACGUCCGCAAAGCCAUGAUAAACCAGAUCCUCGACCGCAAGCAAGCAAAAGAGGAGCUGCAAAAGAAGCUUCUCGAACAAGACGAAUAUCACCAACAACUGUUCAACCAGCUGUUGCAACUUGCGGCACAUAAGGACCUCACGGAUGCUCAGAAGAGAAAGCAACAUCAACAGAAUCUGCUGAAGCAGAUAGAGUACAAUAAGCUUCUCAAGGAGCGAGCCUUGCAAGAGGAGCAAGAGCAGAGAAAGAAAUGCCAGCGCGCAGCCAAGGAAUAUGACGAGGAAAUCAGCCGCAUGCUGUGCAGGCCGUUCUACAGCGACAUGCAGCACCCGUUCCUGAGAAAGAUGGCGAGCGGCCUGACGAUGAGGGAGAAAUGCCCCUGCUCCAGGCCGGACUAUUGCGCCGUCCCGGAGAAAAAGCCCGUUAAGGAAUAGUUUACUUGCCUGGAUAAUUGAGAAUGUUACUCGGCAACGGUCAUCUGAGCGUUUUCACACGAUCCGAUAUCGGAUGUAGCACAUGUCACAAGCAAGAACCAAUGAUAUCGAAUUGGAAAACGCACUCAGACGGUUUGUUAUUCCGAAUAUCACCCAUAUAGAGUAUUCCAUUACCUAUCUGGUCUCUACACUAAAAUGUGUGCCGAUUACCUACUUUGAACUCCAGAAAACGAACUUGGCUAAGUCUUGGAAUUUAUUUAUUUUUGAAACAAUUUUAUGGGUAACAAAUAUAAUUAUUAUUUCAGCUUAAUUUUGUACUUAAAUUCACCCUAGAAUAAAUAGCUCAACAAUAAAAAAUAUUGAUUC